UUUGAAAUUGAGACUCUCUUGCACCGAACUUCAAACUCCUGAGUAACUGUUAAGUCCUCAACCAUAAAUCGCUCUUGCCGUCUCUGCUUCUCUCUAGCACACACCCAAAAUCUCAAGUAAUGAAAUCUUGAAUCGAAACAGAAAGGCCCUUCUCAAAAAAUGGCACCUCCUGUUCUUGAAUCCAACAUGAAAAGAAACGUAGCACCAUCCAAGUUUUAUGGCCUCCACUCUUUCGGAGAGCCCGGCUUCCCCCUUUCUCUCACCGGCGCAUUUCGCGAUAACAUUCGUCAGUUUCUUCGAGAAUGCGCGGAGCCUGAGGACUACGAUUUGGACGGGAUGCCCAUCUGGUGCACUUUCUUGGUGUAUGAGAACAGAGGAACAGUUCUCCCCCUAUACACUGUUGAAGAAAAUGUGAAGCAUUCUGAUAGACCCUUCUGCGACUACUGCCGGUGUGCUGGAUGGAGCCAUCAUUUCGUGUCGAAAAGGAAGUAUCAUUUCAUAAUUCCUGGGCAUGAUGAGUGGAAUAAGCCUCUUAAUGAGGGUGCUUUUGAUCUGCAAACGCAUCUCUUGCAUGGUUUGAUUCACUGCAACGGGUUCGGACAUUUGAUCUGCAUUAAUGGGAUUGAAGGGGGUUCUAAGUACAUAUGUGGUAGGGAAAUCAUGGAUCUCUGGGAUCGUAUUUGCUCUACUCUUCAUGCUCGGCAAAUUACAGUGGAAGAUUCAUCAAGGAAGCACACUAUGGAUCUCCGAUUGCUUUAUGGCGUUGCUUAUGGGCACUGCUGGUUUGGUAAAUGGGGAUACCGAUUCUGCCGCGGGAGUUUUGGAGUGAAGGAGCAUGAUUAUGAAAGAGCAACGGAUAUUCUCAGCUCCGUGGAGCUUGAUCAAUUAAUUGACGAUUUCAGUAUCACAAAUGGAUGCUCACAUAUUGAGCAGAUCAUCCACCAUUACAGAGAUAUGAGUGAGACCAAUUUGGUUACAAUUAGAGACUUACUCAGAUUUAUGCUUGAGCACAAGCCCACAGUUCCAACUGCUAGAUAUUCCACCAGAAUUUCAUGGUCCGCAAAAAAAUUAGCCUUUCCUACUCCCAUCAAGAGAUGUUCUCUGAAACUGUCCACAAGACUUGCUUUGAGGAAGAGCCCACUUGGAAAGGAUUAUCCGACCAAGUGCAGAAAAUUUUCCAAUGUUGCUGCCAAUUUGGAUAGUAGAUGGCCCGUUAGAAGACUUGAGCAUGUCGCAGAAGUCAUUGUGGAGGCACUGAAAGAAAAGAGAGCAGUAAAUAAUGGAGGCAGUAGUGGAAUGACAAGACAGGAGGCUCGUGAUGCAGCACGACUCCAUAUUGGCGAUACAGGAUUAAUAGAUCAUGUGCUGAAAGUCAUGAACAAUGUGGUCGUUGGAAAUUACAUUGUUCGUCGUGCAGUCAACAGAUCCACUAAGGUUCUGGAAUACACUAUUCAAGAUUCCAAAAGCAGCAAGGAGGCUUAUCUCUCAAAAGUUCCUGAGUUAAUUCAGACACAUGCUAUAGGUGUCGGGAGAAGUGUUUUCGAUGACAUGGCCUAUUUGUAUACAAAUGUCUUCCUGGGGUAUCCAGAAUCUUCUGAUUCAAUGAAAUUGGCUGUUCAAAUGAUUCUUUACAGUAAGCAUUUUGUCAAGGAGUGGCCUUUCAGAGAUGAGGAUGAUGACUCACUGAGGUUCAUUUGCAGACUAACAAUGAGCUCAAUUGAUUUAAAUUCUAAUUCUUCUUGUGACUUUCCACCUCGAGAGUAUAUAGUGGUUCCACUCUAUGCUACAAUUGGCGAUCUAAAGGUAGCCAUCCAGAACGCAAUGCGUGAGACGUACUGUGUGAUGGAGAAACUUCUUGUAACAGAUAUUUUAGAUAUGGAAGGGUUGCAGGAUGAGGAAGUUCUUUUUGGCAUAAUUGAGUCAGGUCGGGAGCUCUGGGUGAGGGGUUUUGGAUUAGAUUUGGAGAAUGAUUUGAGAUAUGAAGGGGGAACAGAGAAGUGGACGGUUAGAUGCAAGUGCGGGGCACGAGAUGAUGAUGGAGAGAGAAUGGUGGCGUGUGAUAUUUGUGAGACGUGGCAGCAUACAAGAUGCAGUGGUAUUGAAGACACUGAAGCAGUGCCUAGAUUGUUUGUGUGCGAUGCAUGCUGCAGUUCACUUGCACCAGUCCAAACACAGUGCAGUUUUACAUAUAACUACGAUUCUUACCAGGGACCUCUGAUGCUUCCUCAUAUCCCUGAGGUUGACAUGGGGCUGCUCUACUGUAAAUAGUGCUAAAAGAGGCAAUUUACUGGCAACAGUUUUUUGGCCAGAUGUGCUGUUGUUUUGACAUUCUCGUCCUUGUUAUUGUACAUCCUUAGCUGUACAAGGUAUGCAAUCGAAGUAUCUGUAAUAAUUCAGAAGUCUAUGUUCUUUUAGCAGAACACUGAUAUUCUGUCAGAAUUCAGGUUGCUUGGAUGAUCCACUGGAGUAUGUUUCAAUUUUCUGAAGAUGGCUCCUACAUGUUCCUCCACAUCAAAUUCAUGCGCCCGUCUUCAAGCAUAUUCGGUGGUUCCAUUUCCUUACACCAAAGAUCACUUGCAUGAAGAAACCUGGUCUGUAUCGUUUGAAACACAAAAUUAGUUCUUGAUCAGCUGCCAGUCACAAUCAUUGGAUACAUAGAUUCAUAGACUGGUGAAUUUCAUUUGCUAAAUAAGUGGUUAGGAUGUAUCCAAGGGCAGCUGGUAGCAUUCUUAACAGUUCAACUGGUAAGGACUCAAAAAUGUUUAUCUGAUCAUUACGAAACCUUCCAUUACUGUGGGAAGAAUUCAAAUGUUUCUCUACUCUUGACUAUGAAGAGAUCUGAAGCCAAAUCUGUAGCAGAGUGCCUAGAAAUGGUAUUCAUCUUUGAAUCUCUAUAUAAAGCACUAACUACU